CUCAUGCAGGCCCACGUCCGCUCGCACUGCCGCUCGGAGCGCGGCUAGUUUGCCGCGCCGGCGGCAAGCAGAGCAUCUCGGCGGGUCACUCUGACCGCCAGCUCUCUCGCCAGCUUCGGUCGUACGCCGUCCGCGGCCGCCGAGGCCACAUAGGUAGUAUCCUCCGAAAUCUGACUCGCCGUAUACGCGGCGACCGCGGGCCCGCGGGACGCCGCCAGCGCUGUCGGAGGCACACCGAGCGCUGCCGCAGCCGACGCAAACGCGGCGCGACAAAAUGCUCCUCCCCAAGGGCGUCGAGCCGGGCGACUGGCGCACGGCGUCGCCGGACACGACUUGGUUGGAUUCCCACUCGCCCUUGCCCUCACCGAGACCGCCCGCUAGAAGCUUCGCGGACGUCGACGACCUCGAGCAGCAGGAGGCACCAGUGAAAACCGACGAAGAGUGCGAAUGCUCGCGGAGUCGAGGACGGUGCCGGUGGCUCGCGGGCGGGCUGUGUGUUGGUGCUUCUAUACUCCUAGGUGUGUGCGCGGGGCCGGCGCGGGGCCAGUUUUUACCUGUUCAGACCGUUCCUGACGUCAUCCUCGCGGCUCAUACGCGCAAGAAGGAGGCCACGGUCGUACUCAUGAGGCACUGCGACAAGGACGAGAAGUACUCGGAGACGCACUGCACGCCGAAAGGUGUUCGAAGAAGUGCCUGGCUCCCCUCGUUAUUCGACGGGACUCGCUUCGACCCCCCUUCGUACUUGUAUGCGCGGAAGCCGGAAAAACCGCGGAACGUCAUGCGGUCCAUCGAGACGCUCGAGCCCAUGGCCCGGACCUUUGACCUGGAGAUCGACGUCCACUUCGGGGAGAGUGACAACGAGGAGCUCGCGAAGGACGUGAAAAAACAUCUAUCCGAGGAGGGUCCCAUCAUUAUAGCGUGGAAGCACGAGCGCCUGCCGUCCCUGGCCAGGGCCCUGGGCAUGGAGAAGCCCGGGACCUGGAAGGCCGACGACUUCGACUCCCUGUACGUGCUUUCGUACGAAAGUGGCAAGCUCGUCUCGUCUCGUAAAGACAAGGAGGGCUACGCCGAGUGAGAAAUUCGCAGAAGAACCACCAUGUUUUCUGAAAAAUGUGUCCAUAGUUUGUGUCUAUAAUUACUUUGAAUAUGAAUUAAACACGUACUAGGAGGGCGCCGUCGCCGUGACGCGACGAGAGUGUGUGCCGGGUCGCGGCGGCGGCAUAUGGGUGACGCCGUCGACGCGGUCGC